AUGCCUAUAAUCUAUGGGAAGACGGUUAUGAGCACAGCUCACGAUAUAAAGGAGAGUCUCUCUAGAUUCCUGACACCGAAGGAGUGCUUUCAGAUUGCAAAACUGUGCUUUGAGUUCUGGAAAGAUAGGUUUCAUAACAUGGAAUGUUUUAUCCGUUUGAUCCGUAGUAUAGGCUGGGUUGCCUCAGCUAGUGAUCGCCCAGUACUGUAUGAGGUAGAGAACAUUCUAACAAUCCAGGACUAUAUGAAGAUGGAACCAAUCAAUAUCUGGGUUUAUGAUAAAUUGCAUAAGAAAAGACGUCAAGUAACUCUGAGAGUAGCUACUGAUACACGAGAUCGCAGGAAGACAGAGAUCUCAUCCUUCGUCAACUUCAUCCAUCAGAAGGAUGCACAUAUUGCUAUGAAAGUGGUAGAACAGAUGCUUUAUUAUAAAGCGCCUAUCUAUACUGUUCACGACAACUUUAUAAGUUCCACGUAUCAUAGCAAAAAAAUUGCUGAUAGAGAAAUCUCAGAUUCUCUUAUGGAUCAUGUAAUCCCAAGAGAUUCAUUACUGUAUUAUUUGGAAGAAAAUAUCCCAGAAGACAUACGCCUUUCUUCUUCUAAGAGGAAAAUAUGGGAUGAUAAGAUCCAGAUUAUUUUGAACUCUUACGAUGCCUAUACUCGUCUUGUAUGCGGAGAGUAUGAAAAUACUAACGAUGGUUGUCGUUUGCAUAUAAGAAAUAUGAGGAUUUCCUUUCUAUGA